AUGGUUGUUGUAUCUCCAUCGUUUUCUGUACCGGCCGAAGGUAUUUUGAUGCAAUUGCCUUCGGUUAAUUUAAUAGUAAAUAACGAUGUGGAUUUGGGUACGGCAACGCUGUACAUAACCGAACACAAUGUGGUGUGGGGCGGAGGAGUGGGCAGACAAGGAGGUCCGUCCCCUACAGUGACCCUCAUGUACCCAAACAUCUCCCUACACGCCAUACAGAGAGACCCUGGACCGGGACUCAUUCUGGUCAUCAACCAUGAACUUAGUUUACCAGAAAUGACGCAGCAGGGCGCUGGCGACGCGCCGGUAGAUGAUGACGAUGAAUACGAUGCUGAUGAGGAGCCCAUGACCAAACUAAGAUUCGUUCCACAAAACGACAAUGACUUAGAAGCAAUGUUUAUGGCAAUGAACCAGGGCCAGUCCUUGCACCCAGACCCUGCAGACGAGAUCGAUGAAGACGAAGACCCUUACAUGGAUGGAGAGGAAUUUGAUGAAGGAGAAGAUGAGUUUGAAGACGCAGAAGAAAGCAAUAUGUCCGCCGAGGACGCGGCCGCGAGGCUCCGGCAGAUGAGGCUGGAGAACGUCAAUGGUACACAUGAACAAGUAAACAAUGAAGCAGAGGACGCGGAUAUUGCGGAGUGA